AUGGCCGUGGACUUCGGGCUUGAUCUUGAUGAACUAACAUCCGCAUUUGAAACGAAAGAAACCUCGGAAAAUGACACUAGUUGUCAGGAUACUGUGCAAAUUGAUGCUGCAGCGUUUGCUGAGAAGAAAAAAAGGGCUGAGGCUUGCCUGAGACCGUUGAUCCAGGAUGCCAACGAAGUCGCACCCGAAUGUCCAAACAAGCGCUCUAGGCCUUCGACCGAAUUGGAUACUUUGGAGUUCAAAGCUCCUAGGAUCAAAAUUUACAAACUUGCUGCUCCUGAAUCAUGCACCCACGAAGUUGCUGUUCCCCCUGAUUUAGAGUACAAGCCGAUCACUAAGGAUUCCAGACAACCGGCAAGAACAUAUCCGUUCACUUUGGACGCUUUUCAACAGCAGGCGCUUACCUGCAUAGAUAACAAUCAGUCAGUGAUGAUAUCUGCACACACAUCCGCCGGUAAAACGGUAGUCGCAGAAUACGCGAUCGCCACAGCCUUGAGAGAGAAACAGAGAGUUAUCUACACGACACCUAUCAAGGCGCUGAGCAAUCAAAAGUAUCGGGAAUUUUACGAGGCUUUCCCGGAGGUUGGACUCCUUACUGGUGACGCGACUAUCAACCCAAACGCCAGUGUAUUAAUAAUGACCACUGAAAUACUCCAGUCUAUGUUGUAUAAAGGUGCGUCCAUGAUGCGUGAAGUAGGCUGGGUGGUGUUCGACGAGAUCCACUACAUGCGCGACCCGGAACGGGGAGUUGUAUGGGAAGAGACUCUAGUGCUUCUGCCUGACAGUGUACGGUAUGUGUUCCUGAGUGCCACCAUUCCCAACGCUCGACAGUUUGCCGAGUGGAUCGCACAUCUUCAUCACCAACCUUGUCACGUGGUCACAUCUGAAAACCGUCCAGUGCCUCUGCGACAUUACCUCUACCCGGUCGGCAGCGAGGGUCUGUUCCUCGUUCUGGAUGAAGGGAAAUAUCUAGAAGAUAAUUUCACAAGAGGUAUGCGAUCGUUCGGUUCUGGGAAUAUGGACAAGAGAAGGGUCGCAAGCAAUAAACGCUCCGAAGACAACGUGGUUCAAAUUGUUCGGCUUCUCAAACAUCGGAGUCUGGAACCGAUAAUUGUUUUCAGCUUCAGUAAAAAGGAGUGUGAAAUCUACGCACUCCAGUUGGCCAAAUUCGAUUUCACCACAGAUGCUGAGAAAAAGGUGGUCGAUGAGGUGUUCCGAAACGCUAUCGAUGGGCUAUCAGCAGAAGAUAGAGCUCUACCCCAGGUGGAAAGCGUUCUACCUCUACUUCGUCGUGGGGUCGGCAUACAUCACGGAGGAUUACUUCCCCUGUUGAAAGAGACUGUUGAGAUUUUGUUCGGUGAAAACCUGAUCAAGUGUUUGUUUGCCACCGAGACCUUCGCUAUGGGUUUGAACAUGCCGGCUCGUACGGUUCUCUUUACUUCCGCCCGCAAAUUCGAUGGCAAAAGCUACCGAUGGAUUUCCUCCGGUGAAUACAUCCAAAUGUCCGGUCGAGCUGGACGCCGCGGGAAAGACGAUAGUGGCACGGUGAUCCUCAUGGUCGACGAGACCAUGAACGAAGACGCCGCUAAACAGAUUAUGAUGGGACCGCCACCACCUCUUAAUUCCGCAUUCCAUCUUACGAAUAAUAUGCUACUCAACUUGCUUCGAGUGGAAGAAAUCAAUCCCGAAUACAUGAUGGAACGUAGUUUUUGUCAAUUUCAGAAUUACGCCAGCCUGCCGGAAAUGUAUCGGGAGCUCAAUGAACUGCGCGCCUCCUAUGAAUCAAUCACCCUGGAAGAUGAGGACUCUGUCGAGUCCUAUCAUCAGAUUCGUCUAUGCCUGAGCGACCUCGAGAAGCAGCAAUGGCACUACAUCAGGCGGCCACAAUACAUUGUCCCAUUUUUGCAACCCGGUCGGCUGAUCAAAGUCACUACGGAGAGCACCUGUUACGGGUGGGGCGCUGUGAUAAACCUGAAGAAACGUCAGCGUGAAGAUCGUGCAUCAGCUCCGGAAUCCUUCUACCUCAUAGAUUGCUUGCUGUCUCCGCCAUCGCAAAAGAAUGAUGUUACGGAUCAACAACAAGAUCCCUCAAAUCCGGACACAGCAGAGCCAUGCGCGGAAGUUAUCCCCGUUCGACUGGAUUGUGUGGUGGGCAUCAGCGCGGUACGACUCAUGGUUCCCAACAAUCUGUUGUCAAAGCAAGCCAGGAUCAGUGUUUUAAAUGCGAUUGAAAAGGUCACUUCACGUAUGGGCGGCGUGUUACCACCGCUGGAUCCGGUAGAGGACAUGCGUAUUACGGACUCAAGGUUCUUGGAAGUCAACGAGAAAGUCAAGGCAUUUGAAGAGCGUCUGCAGCACCAUUGGCUUCACGAUGACCCUCGAUUGCCUGAGUUACUGAAAGCCUACGAAAUGAAAGAGCAACAACGCAAGCGCAUUGAACUUCUCACAACCAAUCUGUCAAACAAGGUAUCUUUAGUUCAAUUGGAGGAACUGUCCGCCCGGAAACGCGUAUUACGACGUUUGAACUUCGUUUCGGAACACGAUGUGAUCGAGUUGAAGGGAUACGUAGCAUGCGAAAUCACCUCAGCGGAUGAGUUAUUACUCACUGAGCUCUUGUUUGAUGGUGUCUUCAACAAUUUGUCCUCAGAGCACAUUGCUGCCCUACUCUCAUGUUUUGUGUUCGAAGAGCGCGCGUCCACCAUGCCGAAACUGACGAAGGAACUCUCAGAUGCGCUUAGAACGCUGCAGGAAACGGCCCGACGAAUUGCUCGCAUUUCCAACGAGUGUCGACUCACUGUCGAUGAGGAUGCUUACAUCGACUCCUUCAAACCACAUCUCAUGGAUCUAGUGGAUGCUUGGACUCGUGGUGCUUCAUUUGCCAAAGUGUGCUCUAUGACAGAUUUGUUCGAGGGCACUAUUAUCCGUACUCUUCGCCUGUUGGAGGAGUUGCUCCGGCAAAUGGCGAAUGCUGCGCGCACAAUCGGUAGUGUCGCUCUGGAGGAGAAGUUUAACGAAGCGAUUGAAAAACUCAAACGGGACAUCGUGUUUGCCGCAAGCCUCUACCUAUAG